UUUCUGGACAACAUCAUGAUGCAGCUGAAGGCAAAGGAGCUGCGGGUGUAUGAUCGUGAGGAGGACGGCAAGAAGCAUGCGCGCAUCGUGUUCGAGCUGGUAGUCCAGAAAGGCAUGACGAACCCGCUUAACAGCAUCCACGGCGGCUGUGCCGCGUACCUCGUCGACGUCUGCUCAUCCGUCGCCCUCAGUUUGCUGAGCAUCGCGACCAAUGGUCCUGUAGAGCUAGUCUCGCAGUCGCUCAACAUGGUUUAUCACGCAGGUGCUCCUGUGGGCGACACCCUGGAAAUCGUGAACGUCACGACACACAGAAGCAGCCGUUCAGUAUCUGCGCGAACGGAGAUCUGGAACGUGACAAAUCGCCGCUUGGUAGCUUCGGGUACUCACAUCAAAAUGAGACCAGGGGCCCCAAAGACGAAACUGUAA